AUGAAAACCUUAGAGAUGGAGGAUAAAGAUUUUGGAUAUUAUUACGAGAUGAUGGAGAAUGAUGAAUAUUAUAACAAUAAUGAUAACUCAGGAAUUGCAGAAAGUUUAACUAAAACUCUUAGCUCACCAGUAGCUGAUAACUCUAGCAUUCAAACAACAACUCCUUUGCCUACACUUUUAAAAAACAAGGAAAAAGCUAACAAACCUGAAAAUAAAAGGAAAUACAAACAUAAAAUUCCAUCGUUUACUCACGAAUAUUUUGAUAAAAUUAAUGAUAAAGGUGAAGAAAUAGAUGAACAUGGAAUUACUUCACAAGAUAAUAUAAAUAAUUCAAAAAAG